AUGGUCGGGUUUGGCAUUAUGGACAACACCAUUAUGAUACAUGCAGGAGAGCUGAUUGAUGAGCACUUGGGCCUCGUCCUCGGGCUUAGUACUAUGGCUUCAGCUGCUGCUGGACAAGUGGUAUCCGACUUCUCAGGCGUGCUUUUCGGCGGUACGCUGGAGGCUGCGGCUUCAAAAUUGGGGCUGCGCCACCCAGAACUGUCAGACAAGCAGCGUCAGAUGUCCACUGUAAAGCUGCUGGGAACAGCCGGCUCUGCUAUAGGAGUCCUGUGCGGCUGUCUGCUGGGAAUGCUAAAUAUUUUCUUCCUGGACCUACGUAAAGUGGAACGGCAGAAGAAGCACGCGGAGCUGCAGACAAUCUGCAAGACCUUCGCGGUUGAUGGGCCAGCUCAGUUUCAAGCUGAGCGAUGUACCCUUUACAUCAGAGAUUCCGAGGACAGAUUUCUGUGGACCUUUGCAAAGCGCUGGCAGCUUAGCGAUGCGCAACUUAGUGAGUUCAAGUCUUUCACGGAGGAGAAGAACUACAGUGAUGGUGCAAUUGCAAGCGCUCUGGCAGAGUUGCAUUUUAAAGCAUCAGAAAUCGCACAUCUGGUCAGAAAGUCGCAUGAGGUCUCGCCCGACGAAUUCAGAAAGUAUUUGGAACAACAGCUAGAAAGACCGACCAAGAUAAAGCUGCGGGCAGGCGGUACCAAGAAAUACGUCGUUGAUGCCAAAAAGCUGCUGAACGUCCCGGUCGUAUAUUCUGACCCGCGUUUCGAAGCUACGCACAAGAACACUGGAAGCGGGACACGUGCAAGCAGUGUCCUGGUUUGCCCGAUCCUCAGCAAACGUUCUGGGGAAGUCUUGGGCGUCCUUGAGGUAAUCAACAAAGAGCCCAAACAGUCCGAGAAGCCGAUCUUCACAGAGGUAGACGAGAGGCUUGCUCUGAUGAUGUGCUCGCAUGUUGCAAACAUCGUGGACACUAUAUGUGAUGAUGACUCGCAGCUGUUAGAAUUCCUUGGGUAG